AUGGACGUCACGUCUUCCACUUCCAGUAUAUUCAACCUGGUCGCCAUUUCCGUCGACAGGUAUAUCGCUGUAACGCAGCCAAUAAAAUAUGCAAAGCACAAGAAUAAUAGACGUGUGUGGUUCACCAUAGUCCUCGUGUGGCUAAUUUCAGCUGCCAUCGGCGCCCCAAUAGUACUAGGUCUCAACGAUACACCCGACCGCAACUUCGAUGAAUGCCUCUUCAAUAGUCAGAACUAUGUAUUAUAUUCAUCAAUUGGAUCGUUUUAUAUUCCUUGUAUAAUGAUGAUGUUUCUGUAUUACAAUAUAUUUAAGGCGCUUAGAAAACGAGCGAAAAAGCAACGAGCUGCUAAGAAGCCUCCCAUUUCCGGGGAUCCUCUAACCGGUGUGACGACUGCCGUAGUCAUUGAAAAUGUUGCACAGACGAGGCAACUGGCAGAAACCGCCUUACACGACGACCGGCCCACCAACACCGGUUCAGGGAGCAACGAGGAUGACCACGAUGAUAGUUUUGACAAGAGAUCUGGAGACUUGGAGGCUGAUGCAGAUGGAUGCCACGUGAUCCCAAAUGAUAAAUCAACAGAGUUCAUGCUAGCGUCUGUUACUGAAGAGAAAACCAAGACGCCCAAGAAAGUUCUUAAAAUGCAAAUUAUGCCCGACCCGAAUGGAAAUAACGAUUCGGGUUACGCAGCUUCCAACAUUGAAGAUACGAUACGGGAACAUGUAUCUCCGCCGGGAUCUCCGGGAUUACAGGGAGCCACGGUUUUACGGAAUGUGUCUUGCGAUUCGAAGUGGAGGAAAAACGGGAAAAUGGCAAGAAUAGAUACAGACUCAAGAAACGCAUCGCUCGCUCUUCGGUCUGAUGAUGAUCAUGAAGCUAGCCAAUUAGAUCUCCGCGACGGUUCAACCUCCAAAAAAGAGCGGAAAGCCAGCGCUGCAACGGCUCGUUUCACCAUCUACAAGGCGAAUAAAGCUAGCAAGAAGAAGAGGGAGAAGUCCUCAGCCAAAAAAGAGAGGAAAGCUACAAAAACAUUAGCCAUUGUUUUAGGUGUAUUUUUAUUCUGUUGGGCUCCAUUCUUCACCUGCAACGUUGUAGACGCCAUCUGUGGAAAGUUUGGACUACAAUUUAGUCCUGGUGUCACGGUCUUCAUUCUCAACACUUGGCUCGGAUACAUCAAUUCGUUUCUCAAUCCUGUCAUCUACACAAUAUUCAAUCCCGAAUUUAGAAAGGCGUUUAGAAAGAUUCUUAAAUGCAGUACCUAG